AUGUCCGGACGUAUCCUUUAUGAGCACCCUCAGGAUUCAGAGAGCAGAGGGCCCUCUUCCAACAUCGAAGCAAGGAGCUACGGCGCUGUCCAAGACCUCUCAGCCCUCCCCCCUGGUGAAAACGGGCCCUGUAUCAUUGAAACCCUGGCCUAUAAAGGUUCUACAAGGCUGCAGUACGACGGACAGCCGCUCCGUCCCGCCCCGNGAGCCAGAGCCCGGGGGCCCGGCCGCAUCUCCCGGCCACCCGCGCCCUCCCCUAACUCUUCUCUCCCGCGCAGGGUCGAGCUGUGCAGCUUCAGCGGGUACAAGAUCUACCCGGGCCAUGGCCGCCGCUACGCCCGCACGGACGGGAAGGUUUUUCAGUUCUUGAAUGCAAAAUGUGAGUCUGCAUUCCUUUCCAAGAGAAACCCUCGUCAGAUCAACUGGACUGUUCUGUACAGGCGUAAGCACAAGAAGGGACAGUCAGAAGAGGUCCAGAAGAAGCGCACGCGCCGCGCUGUGAAGUUUCAGAGAGCCAUCACUGGUGCCUCUCUAGCUGAGAUUAUGGCCAAGCGCAACCAGAAACCCGAAGUACGAAAGGCGCAGAGGGAACAGGCUAUUAGGGCUGCAAAGGAAGCCAAGAAGGCUAAGCAAGCAACCAAGAAAACAGCUGUUUCUGCUGCAAAGGCCCCUACGAAGGCAGCACCUAAGCAGAAGAUUGUGAAACCAGUCAAGGUUUCUGCUCCCCGUGUUGGUGGAAAGCGCUAACUUGCCAAACUGUUGGUCUUGCUGAAUAAACAUCUGAUGGAAUUCCA